AACUUGGCCAGCCAAAGCCACCGCCGUAAUUUUUAGUAUUGAACGCCUUUAGUACUUGUCGUCGCAGGGCUCUAAUCUCUGCAGAAGAGGAUUCUAAAUUCUAAAUAAACACAUUGUUUAUUAAAAAUGUAUUCUUUUGAUAUUAAGGAAAUACCAGGAAAGGGACGUGCCAUGUUGGCUACAAAAGCCUACAACGUGGGAGAUGUCAUAUUCGAAGAGGAACCUUUUGUAUCCAGUCAGUUCUCUUGGAAUGCUGCCUAUGGUUAUGCCGCCUGUGAUCAUUGUAUGCGUCCCUUGGAAACGGUCACUGAAAAUGUAAGACGUUUGGCUAACAAACCAGCUUUAGUGGUGCCUUUGCUGGAACAUGAUCCCACUAAACAAUGGUUGGAACAAUUCUGUUGCUGUCCUAAGUGUAAAGUACGCUACUGUUCGGAAGAUUGUCGUAUGGAGGCGUUGAAGAAAUAUCAUCGUGUUGCCUGUAUGGGUAGUUUUAGAACGGAUGAUUCACAUCCCAUCAAUAGGUUAAAUGAAAUUUGGAAAAAAAUGCAUUAUCCUCCUGAGACUGGCACCAUAAUGCUUUUGGUACGCCUAAUGGCCAUGUAUCAGCAAAGUCCUAAUAAGGCAGAAUUUUUAGAAACUUUACAAUCUUUCCAGUCGUUAAUUGUAAAUAAAGAACAGCAAAUUUAUCACAAAAUGUUGGGUGAAAAUUUUGAAAUACAAAUGGAACAGUUAUAUGCUGCUUUUUGUGAAGCCUUUCAGGGAGAAGAAUUUGCAGUGUUUACUACUCCAGAAGCGUUUAAAACUCUUAUGGGUUUAGUGGGUACCAAUAGUCAAGGUGUGGCCACCAGUGUUUUAGCCGAAUGGGUUAAAAAGGUAUCAGAUUUACCUAUGCCCGAAGCGGAUAAAGUAAAAUUGGAUGAAUAUAUAGAUGAUCUAUAUAAUAAAGUAGGAGAAUUCGCUGGCGAAUUCUUAAAUAAUGAAGGUUCUGGAUUAUAUUUACUCCAAAGUAAAAUAAAUCACAGUUGUGUUCCUAAUGCUCAAUCGACAUUUCCAUAUUCCAAUGAUAUUGUUGUCCUCAAAGCCACACAACCUAUACAGCCGGGUGAAGAAAUUUGUAUUUCAUAUUUAGAUGAAUGUCAAUUGGAAAGAAGUAGACAUUCCCGUCAAAAGAUUCUUAAAGAGAAUUAUAUCUUCGUGUGUCAAUGCCCCAAAUGUCAAUUGGAAGCUAAUGAUCCUGAUGAAACUAGUGAGGAUGAAUAUGAUGACGAUGAAAUGGAUAUGGAUGAUGACGAUGAUAUGGACGAUUAAUGAAAAUGUAAUUCAUUUAAUGGACUAAUUGUUUUUUUUUUGUAAAUUUAUAAUCAAAGAGA